GGAACAGCUAGCUGAAGAGCCCUUUCUUGAGUCUAAAGACGUUUCGCAAAGUGUUCUCCAUGUCUUGGGGACUCCUCCUCAUGUUGAAAUCCAUGAACUCAUCAUUAUUCCAUUCGGCUCGCGAUUGUGAUGUUACUACGUUAGAACAGAAUAGAAAUAAAUAGUGUUGACCCACCCACAGAAUUAUAUGGAUUUUAUUAAAAAAAAAGUGUGUGGUUCUUCCUAGACAUAUGUAUGUAUAUACAUUAACCGUGUUUUAAAAAACCUCCUCACACAGCAAAAUACAAAUCCAAAUUUCAUCAUAAGCUCGCCAGCAUAUUGUACAUAAUGUAAAUAAUAUAGAAAACUAUAAAACGCGAUGUUGAGUCGACGCACUGAUCAGUUGUAUUGGGGAAAUUCUAAAGAGAAGAACUGAGUUGUGAAGACCACACAAUGGAGCAGUGGAAGAAUCGAGUGGCUGUUGUGACGGGCGCGUCGGCAGGAAUCGGAGCCGCAAUCGUCAAGGAUCUGGUCAAGGCUGGAAUGAUCACAGUUGGAUUGGCGAGAAGAGUGGAAAGAAUAGAGGCUCUAAAGACGGAUCUUCCAGCACAUCUUCAGGGAAAUCUCCACGCUAUGAAGUGUGAUGUUUCGAAGGAAGAUGAAGUUGUGAAAGUGUUUGCCUCAAUUGCGUCAAAAUUCGACGGAAUCGAUGUCCUGAUUAACAAUGCUGGGAUUAUUCGCCAAACUGAACUCAUCAAUGCUGAUAAUUCCAUCCCGAUUCGAGAAAUAAUCGACACCAAUGUGAUGGGAUUGGUUUUUUGUACUCGAGAAGCCUUCAAAUCUAUGGAAAAGCACGGAAGAAAUUCGCAUGUUGUGCACAUCAACAGCAUUACAGGACAAAAACCUAUAUGCAUGCUUGAAUAUCCUUCAAACAAUAUGUAUCCUCCAAGUAAAUAUGCAGUGACUGCGAUAACGGAGAUUCAUCGUCAGGAGUUCAUCAGGAGCAAGCAUCACAUCAAAGUGACUUCAGUGAGUCCUGGACUGGUCAAUACAGAGAUAUUUUUACCAGAACACAGAGAAAUGCUUGCCGCUCUUCCCAUUCUUGAACCAGAAGAUGUAUCUCAGAGUGUCCUUCACAUUUUGGGAACUCCUCCUCAUGUUCAAAUCCACGAUUUGACUAUCAAACCAUUUGGUGAAACGUUUUAA